AUGGCGCUCUACCAGAACGGUGGAGCUGAGAUGGGACUUGGGCAGAUGACGGGCUUGCCCAUGCAUCCACAGCAACAACAACAACAACAACAGCAACAACAGCAACAACAGCAGCAGCAGCAACAGCAGCAGCAGCAACAACAACAGCAACAACAACAGCAACAACAGCAGCAACAUCAACAGCAACAGCAGCAGCAGCAGCAGCAUCACCAACAACAACAGCAACAUCAUCAUCUUCAGCACCAACACCAGCAGCACCAGCUUCAGCAGCUGACUCCGCAGGGCGCAGACCUGGGGGGGCUGCCCAUGGACGAUGUGUUGCACAUGGACAUGGACAUGUCGUCGUUGGACGGGGGGGACGGCCAGGGCGCCGCCUUCUCCUUCUCGGACCCACCAAUGCAGAACAGCGUGCCUGUCACCAGCAACAACAUGGGCGAUAUGCAACUGACAGGUGCGGGCGCCGGCCCGUUACCCACGGGCUUUGGCGCCCCCAACAUGAACCCCUCUGGUAGCACCCUGACUGAAUUCACCAAGCGCCGCAACUGGUCGCAGCGCGUGCUCGAGGAGUUGCGCGACCUGCUGCACAUCCUCACCCCCGAUGGCAGGAUUCUGUACGUCUCGCCGUCGUGCAAGCCCCUUACCGGCUGGGAUCCUGCGCAGCUCAUGGGCCGCUUCAUCAACGAGUUCAUCCAUCCCGAUGACAUUGGCAUCUUCGUCAAAGAGUUCAACGAGUCGAUUGCCUCGGGCAACCCCCUGCGCUUCUUCUACCGCUUCCGCAAGGCUGACGAGUCUUGGAUCAUCUUCGAGUCGCAUGGCCACCCCCAUCUCAGCGCCGACUCGAGCUCGUACGCACCGCCCAAUACCAUCAACUGUCGUGGCUUCUUCAUGAUGGCCCGCCCCUACCCGACCAAAAACGCCGCCCUGCUCGACUCCUUCCUCGAGCACAAGAUUGAAAACGAGCGCCUGAUGAAGCGCAUUGCUGAGCUCAAGCGCGAGGAGCAGGACGAGCAGGACGAUUGGGCCAAGCAGACGGGCGACAACUCCACCGCCAUGACACCCUCGGAAACACACGUUACACAGAGCGUCAGCCAGGCCGAUGCAGUAUCCUAUGCUCAGAUGCCACCACCCGCGAAGCCCGUCAUCUCCAACACGGCCCUGACGCGGCAAAACCUUGACGAGGCGCUGGCCGCAAGCAAGCCCGACAGCAUUAAUGACAAGAUGGCACGUUACGAAGGUGCAACCCAUCUGGAGACCAUUGAGAUGUUGACUGGUCUGCGCUAUCGCGAUGGAGAGCGCUCGCAGGGCAUCAGUACCGGAGAUGCCAGUCCUAACCUCAUCCGUGGGGACGCUGGCAUACAGAUAUCUGUCGACCGUGAUGGCAGGAGCUCGUCUGACAAAAAGAAGAAACUGAAGAUAGCCGACGAGUACGUCUGUACAGACUGUGGCACAUUAGAUUCUCCAGAAUGGCGUAAAGGCCCAAGUGGGCCAAAGACCUUGUGCAAUGCUUGUGGUUUACGUUGGGCCAAGAAAGAGAAAAAGAGGCAACAAGGAUCAAGCAGCAGUAUGCUCGGUGCACCCCCGAUGACAAACACUCCCUCUCUUCCCAUGCAUAGCAGUACGGGCAGUAGUUGA